GUAGAAGAAGAAAACCUGGCUAGCUCAAGUGAGCGGCGUUAGCUUUUACAGCUUGAUAGAAAUACUCUCUUAGUUGUUGUAGCUACAUAUCUGUUAUCAACUGCCUCGUCGUUGAUACGUACACCGAGUUAACGAGGUUAGUGUCGAGGAAUGAUCUGACUAACGUUAUCAGUAAACAUGCACAGUCGUCUGCAGGAGUUGAAGAGGGAAGAGGAGACCCUCCUUAAAAUUAAAUUAAUGUUACAAGAACAGCUUAAUAGGUUGAAGUUUGAAGAGGGGGCCUUAAAAUCUAUCAUUAAUGCUCAGCUAGAUGAAGGAGCUUCUCAACCCUCAUCCGAAAAGAAAGAGAUUUAUAUCAACCUUGAUGAUGAGAGUGAGAUUAAUCAAACCAAACUGCUACUAAGUGCACCUGUAGAUAACAACAUGGAAGAGGAGGAUGACGAUGACGACGAUGACGAAGAUGAUGAAGACAAUGAAGAGGAUGAAGAGGAUGACUAUGAUCUUGAUGUAGUGCCCAAUGAGGAUGAGGAAGAUGAUGAUUAUUGAUAGCCUUAACUUCAUCUUUAGUUCAGUUGGCUUCUACAAACUGCAACAAUGAAAAACUACACGUAAAUGGACAGUUAUUCUAUUUGUUGACUUAUUUUGUAUCAUAUUUCUAAUUUAUUUAGCAGGAAAGAUUAAAAGUUCAGUGUGAUGAGAUGAGGUAAGUGAAGGAUGUAAGGUGAUCAUUGUCACAGAGUGAUCAGGUGUGAUGGUAACUGUGUUACCGCUGCACUGUUUCUUGCAUCUUGUCAGCUGUUGUAUGAGUCAAGGUAUAGCAUUAGUAUCUCAUACCGUGUGUCAGUUGUUCAUUUUUCUGAUAAAUGCCACACUGUUUUGCAAUAAGAUAAUACAAUUAGGUGCUUAUAGUUUGCUGAUGAUAUUGUACUCCUGGAGGAAAGAUCCUAAGCAGCAGUUUGAAGUUGAGAUAAAAAAAAAAAUGUAUGGCUGGGCCAUAUAAGAGGACAGUGAUGCUACCGUAUGUAAUUUUAGGGAUAUUCGCAAGCACAAAAUAAAAUGUUUUCCCCUAGGGUGCACCUGAUGAAUUUUAUAAUUACA